AUGACGGAAACCAUGUCAUGUUCAAGAAGUUCGCCCCAUCUUCUGGGACCGCUGAGGCAGAGAUCGCGCUUUUGUUUUCUGCCGAGCCUCACCUUUCAUCCGAAAAACCGCUGCAUACCAACCACCGUUCUUGGCGUGCCGGAUGAGGAGGACGUACAGUUGUUAGUAAUGCCCUUGCUCCAGAGUUGGAAAGAGCCAAAGUUCAACACAGUUGGGGAAGUUGUUGACUUCUUCCAUCAAGUCUUUGAGGGACUUCAAUAUAUGCACUCCAAUGGUGUAGCUCACCGAGAUGUCAAGUACAAUAACAUCCUAAUGGACACAACUGGCCUAUAUUCGGUACUUCCACAUCCCUUGAAGACACGGCGAGCGCGUGACUUUCGAUCCACACCCUCACAUAGCACUCAACGCCAGGAGCACCCGAGGUGGGGUGCGGGUGAUAAGUCAAUUCCAGAAUUUGCUGAGGAUGAUCUGUGUGAUCCAUUCGCCGUCGAUGUCUAUUGUCUGGGACACAUGAUACAAUGCGAAUUCCUGGAGGGUGACGAAUUCACGAAACCCAUGAAAGGAUUUGGUUUCAUGCGACGUCUCGUCGGUGAUAUGUGCAAGGAGACUCCAAAGGAGAGACCGACGAUGGAUGAAGUCAUGGAUCGUUCUGAAGAAAUUUGUGUACGCUUGAGUGAUUGGAAGUUACGUUCUCGUGUUGCAAGCAAGAGGGAACUGUGGAUUGUCACAUUCUUGCGAUCCUUCCGUCACCGUCACACACAAAUCAAGCUUGCUCGGCGGGGGACUGCUGCAAUACCCAGCUGGCCUCCAGAACUUGCCAGUCGUCGUCCCCGACUUUUGGAUCGGAUUUUCCCGUGGAGGCGCACAUCUAUAAAAAAAAAGUAG